AUGUCUGUUGAAACCGCUUUAUCCUACGCUGCCUUGAUCUUGACUGACGCUGAAGUCGAAGUCUCCGCUGAAAAGUUGUUGACCUUGGUCAACAAGGCUAACGUCGAAGUCGAAGGUAUCUGGGCUGACAUCUACGCCAAGGCCUUGGAAGGUAAGGACUUGAAGGAAUUGUUCUUCAACUUCUCUGCUGCUCCAGCUGCCUCUGCUGCUCCAUCUGCCGCUGCUGGUGGUGCCGCUGAAGAAGCUGCCGAAGAAAAGGCCGAAGAAGCCAAGGAAGAAUCCGACGAUGACAUGGGUUUCGGUUUAUUCGAUUAA